AUGCGGGUCUCCUCCUCGGUCCUUUCCGCCGGGCUCACCGUCCUUCUUUGCUCCUCGGGUGCUCUUGGUCAAAACUCGCACAACUCAGCAAUCGACACUCGUCUGCGUCAGCUCGAAAAGGCGUUGCAGCUGCGGGUGGGCGGAGACGACGCGGCGUAUCGUGACGGCAACAGCCGAAGCGAGUCCAGCUGCUUCCGCAGAUGGUGGACUUGCCAUGACACUCGCUUCUUCGACCGGCACAGGUUGGCCAACCAGACGAGUCAUCGGCUCAGCACCGUAUCCCAAAUCGAUGCCGACAUCGACAUUCCGAACUACAACGGAUCCGACGCCCAGAAGUUCCCGGAUAAAGUCACGGCGAAGACGUCGACGGCGGUGGCCAACAAGACGUCCGAGGGCUGGUCCAUCGCCGUCACCGUGUCCGGCGGAAUAGGAGAGGUCAAGUCCCUCGCCGGCGAUGUUGGUUUCGACCAUACUUGGAGCCGCGCGAGCGCGAGAACGGUGACGAAGGAGGUGAUGACCGAGGCACCCUGCUUGCCGGGCUUCCGCUGCUUCAUCCUCACCUACACCUACCACGUUACCAUUGACGGAUUCUGCCGUCCCGAGCCGUGGCUUGACUGCGGCGGCGAGAUGAACGCAUGCAAGCUCAACCGCAACAGCGAUGGCAGCAAGUCGGCCUUGGCCGAGAUGGAAUGCGACCAGUAUACGGAUUACGCGUUCUGGAACUGCGACAGGCGGGCGAAGCCAUGCCAAGUAUACACACCCCUGCUCCACGCGGACGGCAGUCCGGUUACUUCUCAAGCCGUCAUGAGACAGGAGCUUUCGGGAAACACCAUCUUCCGAAGGGCGAGCAAGAAGACGAAAGUGGGUAAGAAGGGGGGGGGGCGUCAGAUGGCGAACGCUGGCCUACCAACGUUUGAGUUUCUCGACGAUGUCGAUUCUGUCUUGCGCUCCUUCUAA